CGUUUUUCUGUCGGCUGUCACCAAUCGUCUUCGCAUUUUCUGACGUCCGAGAUAAAUGUUUUAUCCUCGUUCGACGCAAUUGACCACGACAGUGCGGGAAAAACUUAUUUUCAUUAACUCCAUUCGUCGGGUGACAGCGUGACUGCAAAGUGUUUAUAUUCCAUGAACGUUAUAUGAUUGAUUUGUCUCUCGCUUUCGCAAAAUAUCAGUGUCCGUUUCGUGUGCUAAGUCGCCAAGUGAAAGAACGUAGUGAAUUAUGGAAUCGUGCUCGGCGGUCGAAAGAGAAUUAGAUCGCGUUAUAGCAAAGUUCACAGAUAUCCGUGAGGAUUCUGAAAAUGUCAUCUCAGAUGUGACGAAUCUCUUCGAUUCGUUGAAAGACACCCUUACAGAUGACGAAGCGUCUUCACAAAUUUCAGAGAAUCAAGUGACAAUUUUGAAUGAAGCCUUCGCGAAAAUGAGAGAAAAAUUACAUCGGAUUACAACAGAACAUAGAGAAAUUCACGGCACAGUAAGCAAAGUGGGAAAGGUGAUUGACAGAAAUUUUGUAUCGGAUUUUCAAGCGACAGCCCGGAGUGAUGCAUUAGUAGAAGACCGUAAUAUGCAAAUGCUGAACAAACUUGUAGCAGAACACUAUAUUAGACAAGGCAUGGAUGAUGUGGCUGAAGCACUGAUUAGGGAAGCGGAAAUUCGGACAGAAUUCUCACCCAAAGUACGUGAGCAGUCUCAACAGUUUGCAGAAGUGUAUCAUAUUUGGGAAUGUAUAACAAAUCACAAUCUUUCACCUGCUUUGGAAUGGUCAGCUAAAUAUUCAGAAGAGUUGGACGCAAAGAAUAGCCCUUUAGAAUUCAAGUUACAUCGUUUAGCAUUUAUUCAGAUUCUCUCCCUAGGUGUAGGCGCACAGAGCGAGGCAAUCACAUAUGCCCGAACAAAUUUUGGAAAAUUCGUAAAUCGCUACGAAAAAGAAAUACAAAAUUUGAUGGGGUCAUUAAUUUAUUUACCAACUGGUAUUCACAACUCCCCAUAUAAACAUUUAAUGUCGCCAGAAUUAUGGACUGAGGCGGCAUACAUAUUUUUAAAAGAUUGUUGUAAUGUAUUAGGUAUAAGUAAGGAUUCGCCACUUUCAGUUGUAGUGAACGCUGGUUGCACUGCGUUGCCAGCAUUGUUGAAUUUGAAGCAAGUUAUGCAAUCACGACAAGUUUUGGGUAUAUGGAGCGGGCGAGAUGAAUUGCCGAUCGAAAUUGCUUUAGAUCCAGAAUUCCGAUUUCAUUCAGUAUUUGCUUGUCCAAUUCUACGGCAGCAAACAUCCGAUGAAAAUCCGCCAAUGAAACUAUCCUGUGGUCAUGUGAUAUCACGAGAUGCAUUAAAUAAACUGAGCAACGGACCAUUUACCAGGGUAAAAUGUCCGUAUUGCCCAAUUGAGCGGAGUCCAGAUGAAGCGAAACAUAUUUUCUUCUAAAUCAGCUCGUCAUCCUCGAUUGGAUGUUGACUUGACAACUUUUCUUUCAUGGAAUGUUUAUAUCCCAACAAGGGGCUUACACGACGAAGCCGCGAUCUAAAGGGGUCUGGCAGAUAGUGAGAGAAUUUUAAUAGAGAGAUGGCUUGUUCCGUCGUUUCUGUUUUAUCACACAUUUAGAGAUCAUAAGAUGCUGAUUAUUAUAUAUUUGACGUGUAAACGCCGUUAAUCAGAACGGAAAGUGGUAAACUAGUUUUUAGUACUAUGUGUCUUUCUUUUCUUGAAAUAUAAAGAAAUAGUCCCUACGGGAAUAAGUGAUAUGAGCCAAAAAUCUAUUGGUUUUCUUGUAUAGUCUGUGUUUUGUGUUCUCUAUUUCAUUAUUGAUUUGCGAGAUCAGUUUCUAACUUCAAAAAUAGCCCAUAAAAUUAAGGAAACAUUUAAAUAAAAUAAAAAUCUUACAAAUAAGGAAAA